AUGCCGGACUGGCCCCGGCUCCGCGCCGGCCCCAGCGACCCCCAGAAUCCUCCCACCCCGGGCGGGCGGCGGCGGCGCUGGGCGGGGCGCGGGGCGGCUCCUGGGCGGGGCCGCUGUCCCUGGCGGCGUUCGGGGAGCCCCGGGCGGGGCUGCGGGAGCUGCUGGCGGCGCUGGGGGGCCCUGCCGCGCCCUGCGGGGCGGCUCCGCCUGCACGUGGUGCAGGGGGCGGCGCGACCCCCGCCCCGCGUUCCGCCCCCCCAGAGCCCCCCCCAGAACUGGCCCGGGGGGUGCCGGGGGGCCCUGGCCCGGCUGGCGGCCGCCGACCCCCCCAGUUACGCGCUGGGGGUGCCGUACCCCGGGAACCUGCUGAGGAACGUGGCCUGGCAGGGGGCGGCGGGGGGCGGGCCCGGGCCGGGACCCCCGCCCCACUCCUGGGGGCGUUUCGUGCUCGUGCUGGACGCGGACGUGGAGCCGAGCCCGGGGCUGCGCGAGGGGUUCCUGGAGCUGCUGCGGAGCGGGGGCCUGGACCCCCGAAACUGGGGACGGGACCCCGAAACCUGGGGGGAGCGGGACCCCGAAAAUGGGGGGGUGGAGCCCAAAAUCUGGGGGGGACAGGGCGACCCCGCAGCUCCGGGGGCUCGGGGGCUUUUGGGGGCUCAGGGCGAUUUGGGGAACCCCGAAACUUUGAAUAUUCAGGGCAGUUUGGGGCUUCGAGGGGAUUCGGGGAACCCCAAAACUUUGGGGGCUCCCGGUGGGCUGGGGGCCCUCAACACCUCGGGGGUCCCCAAGGUCCUGGGGGUCCCCAAUGGCCUGAGUGACCCCAACACCCGCCCUGAUGACCCCAAUGCCCUGAGUGACCCCAACGCCCUGAGUGACCCCAACAUCCUGAGUGACCCCCAUGCCCAGAUUGCCCCCCAUGACCCACAUGACCCCCACGCCCCGAGCGCCCCCCCCUGGGCCCGGACCCUCUUUGUCCUCCCGGCCUUCGAGGUGCGGGGGUCGCGCCCCCCCCCGGGCUCCAAGGCGGAGCUGCUGCGGCUCUGGGGCGCGGGGGAGGCCCGGCCGUUCUACGGGGGGCUCUGCCCGCGCUGCCAGGCCCCCACCGCCUUCGGCCGCUGGCGGGGGCUGCCCCCGGCGCCCCCGGGCCCCCCCCGGCUGCGCGUGGCCUACGAGGUGCCCUGGAGGGACCCCUGGGAGCCGUUCUUCGUGGCCCCCGCCCGCGGCGUGCCGCCCUUCGACGAGGGCUUCCUGCAGUACGGCUUCAACCGCAUCAGCCAGGCCUGCGAGCUGCACGUGGCCGGGUUCCGUUUCGCGGUGCUCGACGGCGCCUUCGUCACGCACCGGGGCUGGAAGGAGCCGGGCGGGUUCCACGCGGGGCGCGAGGCCGAGCUGGGCCGCAACCGGCAGCGCUUCCGGGAGUUCAAACGGGGCCUCAAACUGAAAUAUCCCGACUCUGACCGGCGGUGCUGAGCUCACCUGGGACACCGAACACACCUGGGACGGCUGGGACACACAGGG